AUGAAUCUAUAUCAUCAACGUAGUAGAAGUUCAAUUCUCUCCUCAAGUGAACCCGAUACACUUCAACAAUGUUUUGCUCUUACUCCCCCAAUGGUCGCUUGUCUGGUGCGGCACAUCAAUCGAGAAAUGGCAGAAGUUGCCACUCCCUCAUGUAUAGAGCGUUGCGUUGUUGAACUGCAAUCUUACUUUCAACCAUAUAUGGAUGCCAGUCGUGUGGUGGAUAACUGUCAUCCUGGUAGUAAAUUGCGUUUACAGUUUGGUAAAGCCAUGGAUAUUAACGCCGGGGCCAGUUCCUCUUUAUUGAAUGUGUAUAUAUUUGCUGUCGAUCAGGACUAUUCACGUCCAAGACUAUUAACACAUGUGGCUCGGGAAUGGCGGGCAUUAUUGGAAAAAACAAAUCAUGAAGGAAGUUGUUUUGUUAUGUUAUAUCAUCAAGAUCUUGUGGAUGCGGCGAGUGUUAGCACAAGAAGAGCCUGUGGAGUUUUGGAAAAAAGUAUUUCAAAGAAAUUAGAUCAGAAAAAGGCAGAUGCGGCAGCAGCGACGUUAGAAUUAUACUUUGAAGAACUGAAAGCAUUAAAGUUUGCUCCUCAUCAAAUGUGUGCGUAUUUACCAAAUGAAGCACCUAUUCGAAUAGUGGAAAGAUUACGAGCGGCCUUUCAUGAACGAUCUAUACAGUUAACAAAUGUGUUUGAAUCUUAUCAGAAACUUAAACGAUCGGCCCCUUUAGUUUCAUCAGAUGGGAAUAAAAAUAAAAAAGAAUGGAGUUUACAUGAAUAUUGGAGAAAAGGAUAUGAUUUAGCGAUGCAUUAUCUUCAAUUUGGAGUCGUCUCAGAGGCAAUGGGUGUUUUUUCUUCCAUGUUUGCAGAAUAUUAUUAUCAUUCAGAGGAUUAUACAUUUACGAAAAGUAUAGAAACAUUAAAGGAAUUAGGAAAACUUCCCAAUGUAUUUGAUUUAACCGUUUUAACAAGUUACGUGAAUGAGUAUCCUAGUGUAUUAAGAGAUGAUGCGGAUUAUGUAGAAGGAUUACUUUUUAUUGUAGGAUGUGAGAUGAAAUGUGCUCUUUUACUUGGGAAACGAGAAGCGGCCUUUGCGAGAUAUCGAUUAUUUCUUCAAGUAGCACGUGAGAAUUUUGCAGAAGAAACUUCUUCCAAAACAACAGAAGCGUGGGAAUUAUUUUUUCUCCUAAAAUGUUCUUUAUCCGCUAUGCGAUUGAAUUGGGCACUUGGGGAAGCCAAUCAACAUACUAAUAAUAAUAAUAAUAAUAAUAAUAAUAAUAUUACUAUGAAUACGAAUCAAACAAAUAAUAACGUCACUGUCACUACUACCAGUAGCAGUAAUAAUAAUAAUAAUAAUAAUAAUAAUAAUAAUAAUAAUAAUAGUCAAUAUCCAUCUUCACCAGAUGCACGAAUGGCCUCUUCAGGUACUUUCCCACAUUCACCGCAGCCGCAAACACCCCAACAACCACUCCAACAACCACAUCAAUUCUCUAUACCUCUUCAAAGUAUAAACAGUCCAACUUGUUCGGAUAUCCUUACACCACCUCCAGAGCCGGAGUGGAGUGUUUCUGCAGUCUCGCCUAAUAGAAGUUAUAGCUUUGCCGUGUUUCCAUCUAUUUGUGAUAUUAAUGAAGAAGAAGUUAAACAUACAGUGGCUGCAUUAGAAAGACUUCGAAUACUUUCUCAUCAACUUGGAGUUGAAUGGAUAGGAGAACUUCAUUGGAUGGGUCGAUUACUUGCAAAACUUUCAGGGGAUGCAUUAGAGAUAUUAUUAGAUUUAGCUAUCAUUAUUGGAUAUCAUGUAGCCGAUGAUAUUGUCCAUCCAAAAGAGAAAUGUAUAAAAGAGGAAACAUCUUCCUUAACACCUUCUCUUGUGAAAGAGUUUGGUAUGUCAGAACUUGUCUCUUUUGAAGCUUUUCAUGCUUUUUACCGAACUAUUACAGAAUUAUCUGCUGUUGGUUAUGAUAUUAUUAGUGAUUUACAUAUUGCUCAUACACUUUAUUAUAAAUUGGCACUUUCUUAUUGUAUGGAUGAACCUCUUGUAACGGCAACGAUGUGUAGACAACGACUUAUUCCUUUUUUUCUUCGUCAUGGUUGGAUUCAAUUACAAAUUGUUGUCUAUCGUCUCUAUUUGGAUUCUAUGGAUUUUGUUAUGCAAGAACGACAAAAGAAAGGAGAAGAAAUCAUAUUAGAAAAAGAGGAAGUUAAUGUAUUAAAGGAAUCUUUAUUACAUAUUAUUAUUGCAUUAAAUGAACCUAGUGUAUUACGAGAGGAAAUUCGUUUUCUAUCUGGUAAACAACCUAUUUUACGUUGGUGGUUUCGUUUAAAGCAUGUGGAUAGAUAUUGGAAAUGUGAACAGACAGAUCCAGAGACAGCAGAACGAUAUGAUAUUUCUGUUCUUCUUAGAGAAUCAGUGGUCUCUUGUAUUAAAUGCGAUAAUUUAUUAUCAACUGCUCAAGAAAAUAAACAUCAACAUCAACAUGAAAGGACUUUAUCAUCAUGUGAAGAAAAAGGAGAAAAGGAAGAAUUUAAAACAGGUUUACGUGCAAAAAUAGGAGAAACUGUACUUUUAUGUUUUAAUGCGACAUGUUCCUUUGAUGUGUUGAAAUGUGAAGAUGAAAAAGAUACAAAUGUGGUGCUCACCGCAACCCUUGUAUCUAAAAAAGACUGGGAUAAUGAAGAUGAACCCUUACAUGUAUUGGAUGUUAGUAAUCUUGUCUCUGCUUCUCAUGAUGAGGAGAAACAACAAUUACAUUGGGUGUGGGAAUUUGAACCUUGUCGUGCAGGGGAAUAUCGAAUGCAUUCCAUUACACUUCAAAUAGCCACAGCCACUACUUUAGUUUAUACACAUGUUGGGAAUUCCAAUGUAUUCGCGGCUGUUAAUCAUACUGGUUUGUCUGCUAUUCUUUCUUCUAUAGGAACAAGAAGUGUUGAGAGUUUACCGCAUUCCAUACUCUCUGUACCUGAACCUGAUAUUGGAAUUAAAAUGCGGGUCGUCCCUCCUGAAGAACCACAUUGCUUUAGUGAUACAUUGACUUUCUUUACCGUAUAUGUAGAAGUUGAACGGUCUCUGUAUCUUUCUCAACUCGGAAAUACUACUAGUAGUACUCUUAGUAUUACUAAUAAUAAUAAUAAUAAUAAUAAUAAUAAUAAUAAUAAUAAUAAUGGUACUAAAUCCAAUAGUAGAGGAGGUAUGGGUAUGAAUACGUGCAGGAGUUGUUCCAUCGAAACACCACCACCACCACCCACACAAAGUCCAUUUGCUAGUAGUAGAGUAGCUGAUCUUACUCCAGUAAGACGUAGUGUUGGAAUGUUGGAUUUACGUCAUUUCAUUAUAGAGACUACACCACAACAAGAUCCAUUUACACUUGCUUAUAUUUACGUUACUCGUCCACGUCGACAGAUUCCAUUACGGGGAUUAAAUGCCACUGUGGGACCAGGAUCUAUCAUUGCGAGGAGUGUGAAGGAAACUUCCCUGCAGUUGGAUUCCGUACUUCGUCGUCCAGAUACAGAUCCAUUAAGUGAAGGUGUAGCCCCUCGAAUGACGAUUACGGAUGAUAAAACUGGAGCAUUUACAAUUAUUCCAGUAGAUGAACAAUUUGUCAUGUCGCAUCUACCACCGCUUGUAUAUGAAAUGGAUGGAGAUAUCCAUAAUAAUAAUAAUAAUAAUAAUAAUAAUAAUAAUAAUAAUAAUAAUAGUAAUAGUAGUGGGGAUAAGAGUAAGAGAUUAGGUGGAUUCUCUAUGCGGUUAGAAGGUAGUAUUCUUCCACUACCAAAACAACAGUGUUGCUUUAAGAUUCGUCUUGAAGAAGAUGUAAAAGAAAAAGAAAAAGAAAAAGAAGGAGGAGGUGAGGAACCAUUAGCAAAAGAUCCAAGGAAAGGACUUAUUUUAUUUGGUGCGACUAGUCUAAAGUGUUCUUUACCUUUAUUACCAUUAUUUGUAUCUGGUAAUGAUGAUGGCACUCAAGUUUCUCUGAGUUGUAUGUGUAAUAAACAAUCCUACACCACUAAUGUAUCUGUGCCAUUUCGAUUAGCACAAGCAUUUUCAGUUCGUUACACAUUUAAAUAUUUUCAAAGUCGUGUCUACUGUCUUGUACAGGUAGAGAAUGUGCUUAAGCAAACAUCCCUUUGGUUGCGGGGAGCUAUGUUAGAGUUUAUGGAUGCUGAAUGUUUUUUUGAACUUUCUCGCAUUUCCUCUACACAUGAAUCUCUCAUGCUACGGGAGUGGAAGCCAAGUGAAGUUAUUCAUCUCUUCUUUGAACUCUCUCCCUCUUCGGAACCACACACACAUGAAAAGGAAUUACAUCAUCGUGUGCGGUUAAAAUUACUCUACUCUAAUUGGUCUGUGGCAAAAGAACGUCAACCACUCAAGUCAUUUAUUCUACAUCCCAAUUUAGCCUCACCAAGUACAGGAGCCGUAAAUAGUAAUAUUAAUACUAAUACUACUAGUACUAGUAAUAAUCUGGUGGAAAGGUUUGAUCAAGGUUUACGUGAGUUUAAAGUGGUAAACUCAUUGGAAAGUAGUUUAAUAGAUGAUACGACGUGUUUUACUGGUCAAACACGUGUUCAUUUCGAUGCUGCUCAAUUAGAAACCCUUCAAUCUACAUGUAAUACAUUUUAUGGACCAAUAGGAAAGUUUACAUCACGACAUUCUUGUCUAUUUAAUGUGGUAAUCUUUGUAGAUCCACCAGAUCCUGCGAAUCGUAGUUUCUACGCUGCUGUACCAAACGAUAGUUCAAUCCAUACACCUAAUCGUAAAAAGAGUUUUAGUUCCUUUGAUGUACGUUCAGCUCCUAUUGGGGCUUCUCCUGUCGAUCUCCCCGGUGGAUUUGUUUUUCCCAUUGGUGAACCGGUUCGUUUCUCCGUUACAUUAGAGCCACUUGCGCACAAUUGGCCGGAGGAGUCUUCCUCUGAAGAGGAGUUCUUCAUUACAUUUAAAGUGGAUUCCACAGCGUGGAUCGUAACAGGCAAACAACGCGUUCGCCGUACACUUUCAAUGAUGGAAGAUGAAACUUUACAUUUUACGGCGGUGCCUGUACCCAAACUACCGGUAUUUACUGUAGAUCAGGAGGAGGAAGUGACAAUGCUCUCCCAACCAACACUGCAAUCAUUACAACAACGUGAAGAACAACAACAACAACAGCAACAGCAACAGCAAAAGAUAUCUAUUGUGGCUACACCCACUAUUGAGAUUCAUUGGGUAUCGCGGUGUGGAGAAGUUGUCAGUGAUGUUCUCUCAGAGAGUGCUGCAGUGACAAUUGAGGUGGUGCAAUUCCGUACAUCCAUGCGUAUUCAACACUAA